AUGAAAGAUGCCGUAGAUAAGAUUAUUCAUGAUGGCGUUGAGGAGGAUGUCGCGUUUGUAGAAGCACAGGUUGCCGAUGUACUCUUGCAAUGGAUUUGCGUUAUCAUGCUGUCUACCGAAUGUUUCAACUGG